AUGUCCGGGUUCGGGGGCCGCAGCUCCCGCUCCCCAGCCCCGCUCAGUCUCUCCACAGCCAUGAAGGUGACGCUGUGCCUCGGUCUCAUCCUCGCCCUGGCAGUGGCCUCCUGCCUGUGUCGGCCAGCAGCAGAGGCACCAGGAGCCAUGGGGGACCCCCAGCAGCACCGCCCCAGCCUGGUCCGGCGGGACUGGCCCCAGCACCUGUCCCAGGAGCAGCAGCACGUCUUAUCCCAGUUCCUGCCCCACGUCCUCACAGAGCUGAACAAGCACAAGGCUUUUGUGCAUGAGGACGAGGGGAUGGAGGCUUUGCACGACCACUACUACCCCGACUGGAUGGACUUCGGCCGCCGCAGCGCUGAGGACGAGGCCGGUGCUGCGUAGCUGCUGGGCUGGACUGGGCCUGCAGAGCACCGACACCCUCGGUGCAUUCCUUUCCCACAAUAAAA